UGCCGCUCUUGGCGGUUGCGGCGCCGCUGACGUUCAGCGAUUAACACUUCCUCUCUGUUUGCCGGGAGGAUGCCCCAGUGUUGUGGGUUGUAGCUGGCGGGUGUCUUCCUACGAGGAUGGCUAUGGAGCGUUCCGUGCCUAGCGAAGUGACAGCACCCGACGUGGCGGGACCGGACCCACAGCUGGCGGUGACCAUGGGCUUCACGGGGUUCGGGAAAAAAGCUCGCACAUUUGACUUGGAAGCAAUGUUUGAGCAAACUCGAAGAACAGCUGUAGAAAGAAGUCGGAAAACACUGGAAGCAAGAGAAAAAGAGGAAGAAAUGAACAGAGAGAAACAGUUAAGACAGAAUGAAGAUAUUGAACCAACACCAUCAGGCUCAAAUAUGGUCAGAGAUUGCUCAAAAUCAUCAUCCAGAGAUACAAGCAGCAGUGAAAGCGAAGACAGUUCUGAUUCUUCUUCUGAUGAGUUAAUUGGCCCUCCUUUACCCCUUAAAAUGGUAGGAGAACCAGUUAAUCUGGAGGAAGACAUACUUGGUCCUUUGCUUCCACCUCUUUCUGAAGAAGAAGAAGAAGAAGAAGAUGAUGAUGAUGAUGAUGAAGGAGAAGAAAAUCCUGUUCAAAAGAUUCCUGACUCUCAUGAGAUAACACUGAAGCAUGGCACUAAAACAGUGUCUGCUCUGGGUCUAGAUCCCUCGGGGGCCCGUUUAGUGACUGGAGGGUAUGACUAUGAUGUUAAGUUUUGGGAUUUUGCUGGAAUGGAUGCAUCUUUUAAGGCUUUUCGAUCCCUGCAGCCCUGUGAGUGCCAUCAGAUCAAGUCAUUACAGUACAGUAACACGGGAGAUAUGAUUCUUGUUGUAUCUGGAAGCUCACAGGCCAAGGUGAUUGACCGAGAUGGUUUUGAAGUAAUGGAAUGUAUAAAGGGAGACCAGUAUAUUGUAGACAUGGCCAACACCAAGGCCUUCUCAGAGUGUGGUGGUCUUAGUGGAAUUUGA